UGGCGGCGUACGGCGGGGCCGGCCGUCAUGGCGGCCGCCGUGGCGCUGUGGGUCCGUACGGAGCCGCCGCUGCUGGGCGCGCUGCCGGUGCCGCCGCCCGCCCGGCUGGGCCGCCCCUACCUGCGCAAGAUGGCGGCGUACGCGCGGCGGCGGGCGGCCGAGGGCUGCUUCCCGCGGCUGCGGUGGCCGCGCUGGCGGCACAUCGCCUGCGGCAAGCUGCGGCUGGGCCGCGGCCUGGCCUGGCUCUACUUCCAGCGCUUCCUCCGCCUCCGCCCGGCCCGGCCGCCGCGCAGCCUGCGGAGAGCGGAGGCGGAGGCGGCGUGCGGCAGCGCCGAGGAGCUGGAGCGGGAGCGGAGCAAGCUCUCCGUGGACACGCUGCAGUUCCUGCUCUUCCUCUACCUGCAGCAGCUCAGCCGCGUGUCCCUGCGCACGGCGCUCCGCGGCGAGCAGUGGCCCAGCCCCGCGGCCGCAGCCCCCGGCCCGGCGGGGAAGGCCGCCGGGCAGAGCAAGAACUGGAAUGACCAGGACCACCAUGCCUUCUUGCUCGCCCACCUCUCGGACAUGCUGGAACUGCUGUUGGAGCCAGAACAGCUCAGUGCCUCUUCCCACGCCACCAGCAACAGCUUGGUGUCUUAUGAAGCUGUCUGUGCCCUGAGCUUUCUCAUCGAAGGGACUGUGGAUGGAUCCGGGACCGUCUAUCCUCUGCACAAGCUUGCCCUCUGGCAGCCCUGUCAAGGGAAGAAUGGCUACUCAAAGAGCGACAAUGCCUUCUCCUUCCCCAAGCUAGAGAGCUGGCUGCGCUCCUGCCUGACGACAAACCCUUUUGGAAUGACUGCCUGCCUCAGGUCUGGGAAGAAGCUUGCCUGGGCACAGCAAGUAGAGGGAACGACCAGGAGAGCAAAGAUUGCCUGCAACACUCGUGUGGUGCCAGAGGUAUUCCCCAUGGUGAUAAUGAGCCAGGUGUACAAACAGACGCUGGCCAAGAGCUCGGACACCUUGGUGGGGGCUCACGUAAGAAUUCAUCGCUGCAACGAGUCCUUCAUUUAUCUCCUCUCUCCUCUUCGCUCUGUGACCAUCGAGAAGUGCCGGAACAGCACUUUCGUGCUUGGCCCUGUGCAGGUGUCCGUUCACGUCCACAGCUGUGACAACAUCAAGGUCAUCGCGGUUUGCUAUAGCUUGUCCCUUUCUUCCACCACCGGCUGUACUUUCCAUGUUCUGACGCCUACCCAGCCCCUUAUCCUUGCGGGUAACCAAGCGGUCAGCCUCGCCCCGUUCCACACGCACUAUCCCAUGCUGGAAGACCACAUGGCUCAGGUGGGCCUGGCCACUCUGCCCAACUACUGGGACAGCCCCAUGCUGCUGGGCAGGGAGAGCAGCGACACGAGCGUCUUCCGCCUCCUGCCGCCCUCGGACUUCUACACCUUCGUGAUUCCCUUUGAGAUGGAAGGAGACACCACGGAGACACCGGGGGGGCUUCCCCACGCCUAUCAGAAGGCACUGAGUCAGCGGGAGCAGAAGGUACAGAUCUGGCAGAAAAUGGUGAAGGAGGCAUGCCUGAGCAAGGAUCAGAGGAAGCAGUUCCAGAUGCUGGUGGAAAGCAAGUUCUACGAAUGGCUGGUUCAGACAGGGAACCGUCAGCAGCUGGAUAGCCUCGUCCCUCCUGCUGUGGGCUCCAAGCAGGCAGCAGGAUAGCAUCGUGUUCCUGUGCAACAAAAGGAAAGGAAGGAGUCGUUGGAGAGACAGUGAUACCCUGAAGGCAGUUCUCAUCAUGACUCUGUGGCUGUCCUGACUGAACACGUGGAUCUGAUGCCCAGUCUCGGUGUGGAUUUGGACAUCUCUCUGGUUUAGGAUUUCAGUUGCUGCCACUUUCCCAGGAAUGUGCUGUAACUACUCUGUGGGUAACUGAGAAAGUGCAUGCUGCUGGAGGAUGAUGAGCAAGCAUGCCUGCCCCUUGUCGCAGGGCAACUGGUGUCAGGUAGCAUCCGCGGUGUGCAGGCGUCUACCAAAGGAGCCUCUCCUGAUGCGGCGCUGGACGUAGGGCCAUGGCUGUCCCACGCAUCCUUACGAUACAAGCCAGCUGCACUGUUUUUAUAAAUGUGAAAAGCAAAUGUUUUGAUUUUUUUAUGAAUGAAAUUCUAUAGAUUUUUUUAGUACGAAGAUGGCACUUAAGCGAUGUGAUUUUUGUGGAAUUACCUUUCUUGUACGUUUGCUUUGUUUUGACAAGUGUCAAUAAAACAGAGUUCUCAGA